CUUUGGAAGGAGGAAUGCGCUGGAAGUUUUCCUGCAGGCUCCGCUUCACAUGUUGAACAGCCACCGUCCCGCGCCCCGCUCGGUAUGGACAUGUGGCCGCUGCUGCUCCUGCUCGUCCAGCUCUGUCUCUGCUCCGGGUACGAAGGGUCAGGACAGUACACCCACGGAGACGAUGAGGACGGGUAUUCUCGUCGAUAUAAAGGGACCCCGUGGUGCGCGCCCAUUAAGAUAAAACAUGGCGAUGUGAGCUGCCGCACCCCCAGAGGAGAGCACUACAGAAACGUGAUGGGGACGCGCUGUAAAAUCCGCUGUAAGCAGGGAUACGAGACCCAGAGCUCGGAGGUGGUGUGCAUGGCGAGCAAACACUGGUCCUCUAACUAUGCCUGCAGAGAGAUCCGCUGCGCUAAGCCGGACAUGCCCAUCAAUGGAGGCUACAAGUGUUCGGACGGCUCUUACUUCAACUCUCGCUGCGAGUUCUUCUGCUCUCCUGGAUUCAGUCUGAAGGGCCAGAAGACGGCAACCUGCCAGCACAGCAGAGUGUGGAGCGCGGCUGUUCCCACCUGUGUCGAUAUUGAUCCUCCCAAAAUAAAGUGUCCUACUGUGAAGGAUAAGUGGGCAGAGCCCGGAAAACUGACAGCGAGGGUGACCUGGGACACACCGGAGGGUGUCGACACUGCAGAUGGCAUCCUCACAGACGUUAUCCUGAAAGGGAAACCUUCAAAAUCAGACUUCCCAGAGGCACUCCACAAGAUGUCCUACACCGUGUUUGACCGAGCAGGGAACAAAGGAUCCUGUCGCUUCACAGUCAGAGUGCGAGUGCGCCGCUGCAGCUCACUGUUUGCCCCUGACAAUGGUUACAUGAAGUGCGACAGUGAUGGAGACAACUAUGGCGCCACGUGUUCGUUCACGUGCACUGGUGGCUACGAGCUGCGGGGCAGCGCUGCCAGAGUGUGUCAGUACGGACUCACCUGGUCUGGCACAGACACAACCUGUGCAGCCAUGAACAUCAACGUGGGUGUGCGGACUGCUGCCGCGCUUCUGGACCAGUUCUACGAGAAGCGACGGCUCCUCAUUAUCUCGGCGCCAACAGCUGCCAAUCACAAUUACCGCUUCCAGAUGACGAACUUACAGGUGAGACACGACGCAGAGACAGAACACGAGCUGGAGUUCAGAGGCGACUACUGAAGCCAAUGUGACUGGUGCACCGCAGUGUGUUUGUGUUUGUGUGUUGGGUUUUCGCUCUCGCUCAGUCGCCCAAGUUGGACAAAGCAGCAGAAGAAUAGGAGGGAGGGCCCGAUGAUGAAGAGAAAAUGUCAAGGCGAUGAAUAAAUGAUACUGACGCUGGCUGUGAUAAGGCGGUGCCGGAGAUGGAUGUUCCUGGGCUCGUCACAAUC